AAAUCUCAGAGGGUUCCGGAGAAGGGCUUGGCGGCCUCAAAACCCUUAACAAGAGGUCUCUUUCUUCUAACAAAAGCUAGUUUUUUUCUCCUCUCGUGUGUCUGCAGGCUCGUGUCUAGUCCCCUCACAAUCCCUUAAGCUGCCUCGUCGUUGCAACUGCUAGAAGUGUUUCCAUUUGCUGUAGCAAUGAGCUCUGAGGCUGUGAACCCUAAGGCGUACCCGCUCGCUGACGCGCAGCUGACGAUCACGAUCACUGAUAUUGUGCAGCAAGCUGCGAAUUACAAGCAGCUCAAGAAGGGAGCCAAUGAGGCCACGAAGACGUUGAAUCGUGGCAUUGCGGAGUUUGUGGUAAUGGCGGCCGACACCGAACCCCUGGAAAUCUUGCUGCAUUUGCCAUUGCUGGCGGAGGACAAGAAUGUUCCGUAUGUGUUCGUGCCGUCGAAACAAGCGCUUGGGAGGGCGUGUGGCGUUUCGCGCCCGGUGAUCGCGUGCUCCGUGACGACGAACGAGGGGAGCCAGCUGAAGAUGCAGAUUCAACAGCUGAAGGAUGCGAUUGAGAAGUUGCUGAUUUGAGGUGGAGAAGACGAAUAGAAGUCCAGGAGAGAGACCACAGCCGGAUAGAGACUUGAGUCUAUGAUGCCUGGAUCACGGUGGCCGUUUGCACGAGGUAGCAGUAGUACAUUGUACAACUUCGGAUAUUAUGAUUAAGUUGCUCUUUUGCCUCUCCACAGUAUGCAUUACGGAACCGGGUAGCUGCUAGGGGUUAUAAGGACUUUGCGAUCUGAGAAGUGAGGAAGCAUUAGAAACUGGGUUAUUGUAUUCUUACCUUUGUGUAUUCGUAGACGAAGUAAAAGAAGUACAUAGAAAGUUAAUGAAAGGUGGUGGAUUAUCUAUACAAUGACUGCCUACGAAUUGUGCCAAUUACCAUGCGCCUGUUUUCCAACUUUUUCUUUCGAUCAAUUGUGGAGCUCACACGCUUCCAGCCGCCGCCA